CCCCAAGUUUCUAUAUAUUCUCCUCCGAGGCCAUUUCUUCUUCCCAUAGAUAUAGAGAGUGAAGCAGGGACGAAAGGAGUGAAGACUGAUAAAUCGUAGUCUAUUUUUUCUGUCUCUGCAAUUUCUGCAAUAUUGAUAUUUGAUUUUUCAGUGCCCUGAUUUCCGGACAAUUUCUUUUAAGAAAUUUUCAGUGAUAUCUUUUCUUGGGCAUAUUUUUGGUGAUCAGAGACUGGAUCCUGAGUAGAAAAUUAUAUUAUAUGGAGGGCCGUGCAGAAGGAGGUUUGAAAUGUCAGAGGGCUAUGGAUGGGAGGGAGACUGACAUCAAUUGUUUGAACAAGGCCAUGGUUAUCCCUUCUUGUUGUUUGAAAGCUAAGGUGUCUGACCCUGAGCUUGAAGCCAGAUGCCAUUCCACGGUUGUUUCCGGAUGGUUCUCUGAACUUCAGUCAUCCUCUGAAAAAGAUCAGAAAGAAUUGUAUUUCAACAACCCAAUGUGGCCAGGAGAAGCACACUCCCUGAAAGUAGAAAAAAUUCUGUUUAAGGAAAAGUCAGAGUACCAGGAUGUUAUGGUUUUUCAGUCCUCUGUAUAUGGAAAUGUGCUUGUGCUAGAUGGCAUUGUUCAGUUGACUGAGAUGGAUGAAUGCGCCUAUCAGGAGAUGAUAACCCAUCUCCCCCUUUGUUCCAUUGAAUCCCCCAAAAAUGUUCUGGUUGUAGGUGGAGGUGAUGGUGGAGUUCUUCGGGAAAUUGCUCGCCACAGUUCUGUAGAGCUCAUUGAUAUUUGCGAGAUAGAUAAAAUGGUUAUAGAUGUUAGCAAGAUGUUUUUUCCAGAUUUAGCUAUUGGCUUUGAGGACCCUCGUGUGCGACUACAUAUUGGUGAUGCUGUCGAAUUUCUAAGGCAUGCACCUGAAGGGAAGUAUGAUGCAAUUAUUGUUGAUUCAUCCGAUCCUGUAGGUCCGGCUCAGGAGCUUGUGGAGAAACCAUUUUUUGAGACCCUUGCUAGAGCAAUAAGGCCUGGUGGUGUUCUAUGUAAUAUGGCAGAGAGUAUGUGGCUUCACACUCAUCUGAUUCAAGAUAUGGUUUCGAUUUGCCGUGAAACAUUCAAGGGUUCUGUACAUUAUGCAUGGACAAGUGUUCCUACAUAUCCAAGUGGCGUUAUAGGAUUUCUAUUAUGCUCCACAGAGGGACCACCGGUUGAUUUUAAGCACCCUGUCAAUCCGAUUGAGAAGAUUGAGGGCGCACUUCAGCAUAGAAGGGAACUCAGGUUUUACAACACUGAGAUUCACAAAGCUGCCUUUUGCUUGCCAUCUUUCGUCAAGGAGGAGGUGAAAGCUCUUCGUGAGUUCUCAGGUUCUCAAGGAGUCCAUCUAUGAUGCUUGUUUUCCGGCAUUCCAUAUUCAUUUUUGUAUUCGAGAAUAUAUACAUAUUGUGGUGUAUUGGCAGACAUAGUGCCAAAUGAGUGCGGCGAAUACAAGGAUGUAAUUGACUUUCUCAUAAAACUCGUGAUUGAUGACUUAAUAAUUAUCGCGAUUAGGUGCUUUUACUAUAAAAUUGUUACUAAUUUUCGAGUUCUAGCUUUUAGUUUCAUCUUGAUGUGGUUUACUUUUAAGCUCACAUUGGUAUUGUUUUAAUGCAAAAAAUGCUGCUUUAUUGUG